CCUACAAGCCAAACGCGAAUACCACCCCCGUGACUUCCCGAUCUCCGGCGAUGGCCGCGCGGCGCCUCGGAUCCCCCGCAUCUAGGUGGCUGCGCCCGUCCGCGCUGCUCCUCCUGGUCGCCUCUGCUCUCCUCUCGGCCCCGUCGCCGGCCCGGGCCCUCCGGUUCGACCUCGAGUCCGGCCACACCAAGUGCGUCUCCGACGAGAUCAAGGUCAACGCCAUGGCCGUCGGAAAGUACCACAUCGUCGGGCCCGACCCCAACUCACCCGACGCCCAGCUCCCCGAGUCGCACCGCAUCUCCCUCAGGGUGACGUCGCCGUACGGGAACAGCAUGCACUACGCGGAGAACGUGCAGUCGGGCCACUUCGCCUUCACGGCGGCGGAGGCCGGCGACUACCUGGCCUGCUUCUGGGCUCCCGACCACAAGCCGCCGGUCACCAUCGGGUUCGAGUUCGACUGGAGGAGCGGCGUCUCCGCCAAGGACUAUCCCAGCGUCGCCAAGAAGGGCAAGGUCGAUAUGAUGGAAUUGGAGCUGAAGAAGCUAGAGGAAACUAUAAAAAAUAUACAUGAAGAGAUGCUUUAUCUGCGUGAAAGGGAAGAGGAAAUGCAGGACGUGAACAGGCGAACGAACUCAAGGAUGGCUUGGCUAGGGUUCCUCUCCCUUGGCGUCUGCUUAUCAGUGGCAGGUUUGCAGCUGUGGCACCUGAAGACCUUCUUUGAAAGGAAGAAGUUGUUGUAGACUGUAGUUGGCCCAUGGUUCACGGUAGACCUCAGCGCAGGUGUAACCUAUUUUUGGGUGAACUGCCGAUCUGUUACGGAGCUUGAAAUCCCAUGUAACAAACGUUAUGUCGUACUUGAGAAAAUAUGCUUUAGCCUGUCCAGUUGAAAUUAUAAGAAACUUGAAAUAGAUACUAAAUUGUCUUCCAUUCAAUAGUUCGUGUUGCAAUUUGGACUUC